UUGCACGACCCCUCCGCACCAAAAACAACGCGAAGACAGUUGGGAUCCGAAGUUUCUCACUAACAUUAAUUCCCUGACGACGCGGGGUCACCAUCACUGAAAAUCGCCUAUAGUGCCCAUCCUCAUCCGGUACAUAGAUCCAAGCAGAAGCUUAAAAAGAGUUCUUGGAUUCAGAGGUUCAGAUUUGGAAAAGAAAAUGGGGAGAACGGAUUAUUUGGCGAUGAAGACUGAUCCGGUUGUGGACGAUUUGAUCAGCUCCGACUUCAAUGAGCUCAAGAUUGCUGCUAAGAAGCUCGUUAAUGAUGCCACAAGGCUUGGAGGCCUUGGAUUUGGGACUUCUUUCCUCAAAUGGGUCGCAUCCUUCUCGGCAAUUUAUUUGUUGAUAUUGGAUCGAACAAACUGGAGAACAAACAUGCUGACAUCACUUCUAGUCCCAUACAUUUUCUUUAGUCUUCCUUCAGUCCUGUUCGGAUUCUUAAGAGGGGAGUUCGGAAAAUGGAUUGCUUUUAUUGCAGUUGUACUGAGACUCUUUUUUCCCCGACAUUUCCCAGAUUGGCUGGAGAUGCCAGGGUCUUUGAUCCUCCUCCUGGUUGUAGCCCCCAAUUUCUUUGCCCACACCUUGAAGGAUAGCUGGGUUGGUGUGUUGAUAUGUCUCCUCAUUGGUUGUUACUUGUUGCAAGAGCAUAUCAGGGCAUCUGGUGGAUUCAGAAAUUCCUUCACAGAAAGCCAUGGAAUAUCGAACACUCUUGGCAUUAUCCUUCUGCUAGUCUAUCCUGUUUGGGCACUGGUGCUUCACUUCUUCUAAUUACUACCAUAGUUGGCCAAAUGUGGCAGUGAAAUGUGUCUGCUCUGCAAAUCCUACCAAUUUCUCAAUAGUUACAUUUGUGCAAGACUAGAAAUAAUUCCCUUAUUAUUAUUAUUUUUAUAUGUUUUGAGACAUUGUUAACUUAGAUGUUAUAAUGGGCUGGCCCUUAAAUAAGACUUUUUUUUUAAAGCCCA